UUUAUUGAUGGUUCUGCCGAAAUACCAUCUGCUGAUACACCUGAGUUCAAGUUUUGGACUAGGUGCAAUAACAUGGUUUGGUCAGUCCAAUGGAGCUCAACUCUAUCACCUUCAAAAAGGCCUCACAGAUCUGAUGCAAGGAACAACUGAUGUAGCAGGAUAUUUCACAAGAAUCAAGAGGAUUUGGGAUGAGCUGGAUGCUCUCUCCAGCGGAGAAAUAUGUUCUUGCAACUGCACCUGUGGAGGAAAGAAGAAAGUAGUCAAAUCCAAGCAGGACGAAAGAUUGAUCCAAUUUCUAAUGGGACUUAAUGAUGUUUAUGCAGCAGUAAGAAGCAACAUACUCAUGAUGUCACCUCUCCCAAAUGUGAAUCAUGCGUACUUUCUCCUCAUUCAAGAUGAGAAACAGAGAGAGGCAUAUGUUAAUCCUAACUUUCCAGGUGACACAUCUUCAUUUCUUGCAACACAUCAGAAUUUCUCAGGUCAGAGGUACAACAAUACUGAUUUUAGAGCAAGAAAGAACAACAACAAUAACUACAACAACAAUCUGUAUUGCACAAAUUGUAAGAAAUCUAGGCACUCAAUUGCAAAAUGCUACAGAAUAAUAGGUUAUCCACCUGAUUUUAAGUUCACCAAGGGGCCAAAAUCACAACCAAACAACAAAGGGAACUCUAUGGCUAAUGCAGUGACAACAGGUGGAUGCUCAGGUUACGCAACAAAUGGGAAACAAGCAAAUGGAUUUGUUGCUCAGGAGAACUAUGGUGGUUUGGGAGAAGAGUUCCAGAAUGUACAGAUUGGAGAUGUGCCAUUUGCAGGAAGUGAGGUUUCAGCUAACAUGGUGCACUGUUUUUCUGGGCCAUUCAAUGAGGACCCCUCUGGUUAUUGGUGAAGCAAAGGAUGGGAUCUAUAUCAUGACCACCACUUCAGGUCUACAAAGUCUUGUCAAGUCUAGUUCUAAAUCUGAUGUUUUACUCUCCAGUUGUAGUUCUUUUCCUAGCUCUUUUCCUAUUCCAGUAAACAAUAGGGAUGAUGUAAAAUUGUGGCACAUUAGAUUGGGCCACAUGCCUUUUGAUUCAAUGAAAAACAUCAGUUCCUCUUCUUCCUUUUCUCA